UGCUACAAUUUGUGGUUGUUUCGUUUUAUUAAGAGAGGUAACACUGUUUUUUGCAUCCUCCUCUUUGUCGAGCUGUUCGCCGAUGCAACAUUCGUGAAAUUGUUAAAAUUGUGAACUUCUAGCAGUUGCUAACAGCUACAAAUCGUAACAGUGCAAAUAGAAAACGGUGCUCAAGGCGUGACACGUGUGUUUGUCUGCCGAACGCGGCUAUUCAUCACAAUUUCGGGGCGUGUUUGGAGCGAGAAAAUGGAAAACGCAUGUUUCGUGCUCAGAUAAGGCCCAGCUGUGCGUCGGUCUCGCUCAAAUUCAACAAAUUGCGAAAAGUUUCCGGCUAGGCUUACAAUUGAGCAACACAGCAACUGCGACUAUCCAAAUAUCAGCUGAAAGCAGGACAAAGGCAGUGACAGCAACGACAACAACAGCAACAACAAAAGCAACAACAACCCAACUCGAACACAAAUACAAUCCCAAUUCGAACGCAAGCACCAACUAAAAUACACACACUCAACAAAAAAAAAAAACAAAAAAACAACAACAACAACAUGCACCCACUGCAAAGUAGUUAAAUAAUUCUGCCCUGUCUGCGCUUUAUUUCCUCUUCAUUCUUGUACUCGUUUUAAUUUCAACAAGUUUUCUGUUCUCGCUUUCCCCACAUCUCUUUUAAACCAUCCGACGCGCAGUUCUUUUUUCGUUACUACACAACAACAACUACAGCAACAUACAAAACUCACACAGACACACACACCUACACAGUGACACGUACAGCUAUCAUACGAACGAAUCGGGCAUACAACAGUUUAUUUGCUGUGACGCAGCAGCCAACAAAAAGCACCUGCAAAAACGGCACGAGACCAGCGACCGGCUCCCGGUGCAGCUGUCAUAGCGAAAAAAGCAACAACAGAAACACACAUACACAAACACACUUGUUGCAAACGCAGCAAAAGGAAGAGACGGAGAGUGAGCGAACAAGGGAGCGAGCGAGCUACAGAGAGAUCAAAACAGAGAGAGAGAGAGAGAUAGAAAAGGGACGUCAAGGCGGCUGUCUCUUCAUUAAGUGCCUAAGCAGUCGGCUAUCAGUCGCCGCACAUAUAAAACGCAAAGAUGGUCAAGGAAAAGCCCAACUCGACACGCAUCUAUGAUAAGGAUGGUUUUAGACGGCGAGCUGCCUGCAUUUGUGUGCGAGCCGAUAACGAAGCGGAGGUUCUGCUGGUGACCUCUUCGCGCCGUCCAGAACUGUGGAUUGUGCCAGGCGGCGGUGUCGAGCCAGAAGAAGAGCCCUCGGUCACCGCCGUCCGUGAGGUGUUGGAGGAGGCAGGCGUUGUUGGCAGCUUGGGACGUUGUUUGGGUGUCUUUGAGAAUAACGACCAUAUGCAUCGUACCGAGGUAUUCGUAAUGAACGUGACUCAAGAACUCGAUGAAUGGGAGGAUUCACGUAGCAUUGGACGCAAGCGCCAAUGGUUUACUAUUGAUGAUGCUCUGUCACAGCUGGCACUGCACAAGCCCACCCAGCAGCAUUAUUUGAUGCAGCUGCAGCACUCGAAGACGUUGGAGAAUGCCCACACGCCGGGUCGUGUAGUGAAUGCUACCCACCCGCCCAUAUUGGCUAAUUCAGCAUCCGCAGCAGCGUCGCCAACAACGGCAUAAAGACACAUGCAGGAAGAAUAAGCACAUACAUACGCAUGCACACAUACACACAGAGACACACAAAGCGACACACACCAUAAACACAUAUACACACAUUAUUUGCACUUCCACAUUUUGACAUUUUAAAAAUUUACAAUUAGACAGGCAGUUCAUAUUUUCGGUACGUUUAAAUCAUCUACCCAAUACCCGCUCCCCA